UUCUUGUUCAAUGCUCCAGGAAUUUCCCCUGAUGCCUGCUUUGUCCAAGAGUUUUUCAUUCAUGGAUCCUCAGCUAUGGAAUCAUCAGUUCUUCUCAUCACGUCUUUUGAUCAUUUUAUUGCCAUCUGCCACCCUCUGAAAUACACCUACAUAGUGACCAGUGCCAGAGUCAUCAACAUUGGGCUUGCUUUUUCUUUGAAAAAUGUUUUGUUGAUCCUCCCUUUCCCUUUCACUUUAAAACAUCUAAGAUACUGUAAGAAGAACCUCCUUUCCCAUUCCUACUGCCUCCAUCAGGAUGUCAUGAAGCUGGCCUGCUCUGACAACAAGGUCAAUGUCAUCUAUGGCUUAUUUGUGGCUGCCACAGGCAUCCUAGACUUAACAUUUAUUUUCAUGUCCUACAUGAUGAUACUGAAAGCGGUUUUGAGUAUAGCAUCACAGAAGCAAAGGCUCAAGGUCCUCAACACCUGCGUUUCCCACAUCUGUGCUGUGCUCAUUUUCUAUGUUCCCAUUAUCUCCCUAGAUGUUAUCUACCAGUUUGCCAAACACAGCCCUGCAAUCAUUAGGAUCCUCAUGGCUGAUGUUUUCCUCUUGGUACCUCCAUUGAUGAACCCCACUGUAUACUGCGUGAAAAGCCAACAGAUAAGAAAUAUGAUUUUAGGGAAGCUGUGUCAGAAACACAGCUGA